GAGUAAUUUCUCAUAAUUUUACUCCUCCUGUCAGUAUGAUGUCGUUUGCAAAUCUUAUAGUUGAGCAACAGAAUACUAAUUAAUUUGGUUUCGAAUCAAAUCAUUUUUCUACAGGUACUACUAAUUAUGCUGCUGCUGGAUUUACUUCAGUUAUGACAGUAUAUACUGGAUCUACUGUUUUGGUAUGACAGGAAAUACUAGAGUUGCUCCAGCUAUGCUAGUAAACACAGGACCUCCUCCAACUAUGCCAGUAAUUACUGGACCUCCUCCAGUUAUGCCAGUAAUUAAUGCACCUCCUCCAGUCAUGCCAGUAAUUACUGCACCUCCACCAGUCAUGCCAGUAAUUACUGCACCUCCACCAGUCAUGCCAGUAAUUACUGCACCUCCACCAGUCAUGCCAGUAAUUACUGCACCUCCACCAGUCAUGCCAUUAAUUACUGCACCUCCUCCAGUUAUGCCCGUAAAUACUGGAUCUAUUCCAUUUUGGUCAUCAAAUAUUGUAUGUCCUUCAAGUAUGCCAGUAAAUCCUGGAUUUACUCCAGCUUCAACAAUGUAUACUAGCCCUGUUCCAUUUUCAACUGUAAAUACUGGACCUCAUCCAAAUAUGACAGUAAAUACUCAAAUUGCUCCAUCUUCAACAAUGUAUACUAGCCCUGUUCCAUUUUCAACUGUAAAUACUGGACCUCAUCCAAAUAUGACAGUAAAUACUCAACUUGCUCCAUCUUCAACAAUGUAUACUAGCCCUGUUCCAUUUUCAACUGUAAAUACUGGACCUCAUCCAAAUAUGACAAUAAAUACUCAACUUGCUCCAUCUUCAACAAUGUAUACUGAACAUCUUACAGCUGUGCCAGCAGAUACUAUACCUACUAUAGCUUCAACAAUAAAUAAUAGGCCUGAUCCAUUUUCUAUAGCAAAUACUGGAUUUGCUUUUGAUUCUUCACUUGCUACAACAGUAAACACUUCAGUUUUGGAAUCAAGAUCAACUGGAACUAAAUCACACUCCCUCCCUCAGAACAAUGGAAUUGCUGAUGUUGUAGACUCAAUUAAUGAGCAUUUGCAAGGAAUUGAUUUGAGUGAACUGAAAAAGUUUCAGUAUUCGGAUCUUGCCGAGAAAACUGGAAAUUUUUGUGACUUAUGGGUAGAAGAAGGUGGUUAUAAAAUAGGUGAAGGUGGUUUUGGAUCGGUUUUUCGAGCAGAUAUUUCUGUUGCUGUAAAAUUGCUAAAAGAACCUGUUGAUAAGCAGUUUUUUACUGAAUUGAGCAUUUUAACUAGGUGCAAGCAUGAGAACUUAUUACGUCUUUUAGGAUUUUCAGAUGAUGGGUCUAACUGCUGUUUAGUUUAUGAAUAUAUGCCCAAUGGAUCAUUGGAAGAUAGAUUAGCAUGUUCUGGAGGCUCGCUGCCCUUACCUUCUCUAACACGCCUGCAUAUUGCAUAUUUUUCUGCAGUUGGUCUUAAUUAUUUGCAUAAUUUCAGUAAACCACCACUGGUUCAUCGAGAUGUAAAAAGUGCCAAUAUUCUAUUGGACGAGAAUUUUAUUCCUAAGAUAGGAGAUUUUGGCCUUGUUCGAAUAGGAGGUAACAGUUCAGCUUCAACUAUGGCCAUUACCAAACAUUGUUGUGGAACAGAAGUAUAUAUGGCCAGAGAAGCACGUUAUGGCGAUGUUUCAGUUAAAUUAGACACAUUUAGUUUUGGAGUGGUUUUACUAGAAAUAUUGACUGGUCUUCCUCCGUAUGAUAUCAGAAGGGAAGAUAGAGAUUUAGUAACUCAUAUGGAAGACUGUGAAGAUAUAUUGACAAUGCUUGAUCAAAAAGUUCUAUGGAAUGAAGGACAGGCCAUAGAUAUGUAUAAAAUCGCCAAUCAAUGUUUGAUAUACAAAAAGAAACAGAGACCUACUAUAGGAGAAAUAUUACCGGAUUUGGAAUCAUUGCUGAAUGAAUUUGAUUUCUAAUUGCUAUAUUAAAUGUCUAAUGUAAGCAAUCGCACAAAAAAUUUAAUUUUUUAGAAAUGUUUAAAAAUCCAUAUUGUAUAAUUUUUGAUGUUUCUGUUGUUUAUAAAUCUUAGAACAAAAUUGUGUAAAUAUUGAACUUUGUAAAUAAGUUGAUGCUUUAAUAUUUAGAGUUUUAUUAUAAUAUAAAAUUUUAAUUUAUUUAAGAAUGUCCGGUGAAUUUAUUUAUAUUUAAUACAUUUAUUUUAUAUAUUUAUAAAUGAACGUUUGUGAAGAAAGAAAUAUACUUACUAAAAACGUAUAGUUUUAAAGUUUUAUAAUUUUUGAGAGUAAUUAUUAUUAAGAUUAAAGGAAUGCUAAAAUAUAUAUGAAGUAUAAAACUAUAUUAUGAAGGGCCAGAUUGGUAUAAUGUGUUAUAAGUAUCCAGAUUUCAAUACCAGAAAAACAAUUGGAAGAGAAACAAAUUUUCAUCUGCUAAUUCCAAGCUAUGGGUUAAGCUUAGAAUCAAAAAAAUUAAUUAGGAAAGCCACAAACUAAUUGGAAAUUAUCCAAUAAUUCAAGGUUUCGUUUUAAUUUGAUGCUUUAAGUAAAUUCAAUAAGAUCUAUUUAAAUUCUUGUAUACAACAAAUUUUAACUACUCAUGGUUGUUUCUCGACGUAUGGAAGUCGCUUCUGUGGAAAAUCGCCAGAUUUUGACUGCUUUACUAAUGAAGGAAGUGUCAGCUUUUAUAUUUAUUAUCUUCCAAAUACUAAAAUGGGAAAAAAUUCUUUCUAGAUUGUUAUAGAAUUGUGGGAAUUUUUGAAUUGGUACAGUAUAAGAUUGGAAAAAUAGUGAUAAAAACAUUAUAUGAAAUAUUUUAGAAUUUUUUUUUUUUUUUUUUUGCAUAACAAUUAGUUAACAUAUUAAGAUUUUGAACCAUAUUUUUUUUAUUGCUAAAUGUAUCACAUUAAUCUUAUAUAUAUUAUUAUUAAUAAUAAAAAGAAUUUUUUUUAUUUAUGCCAUUAUCUUUAUUGUAUGAUCCAUUAUAUAUUUACUUAUUUUUUUAUGUUAUCAUUACUUUAAAUCUUAUGUUUGUUAUUUUGUAUUUUAUAUUAUUGAUAUCUUGUACUCUUUUAAACUUUACUGUUAUUUUUUUAAGUUUUAUAUAUUUUAUAUUUUCUAAAUUCUGCUAUAAUUGCAGAUUUCAUUAAUUUUUAUUCUUACAUGUUAAUUUUUUCUGUUUUAUUGAUACUGAUAUUAUCAGUUUGAAAGUCUCUGCCAUAUCUGCCUCUCUUGUUUUUGUCUGUGUGGGCCUUUGUUCAUUUUUUGUAAAUAUCGAUCUACAUAUCUACUGUGGAUUGACCGGGUUUCUUUAUCUUAGAUAUGUUUGAGAACAAACACUAGUCAUAAUGCUGUGAGUUUAUAAAUUAAUUAAUUAAAUGUACAUGAAAAACUAAGAAUAUUAAAUACCUGCAUUUAACUCAUUUGUAUUGUACAUACUUUUAUAAUAAGCUUCAAAUUUUAUAUAUUUUUUAAAACUGAAUUAAUAUAUUAGGUAUUGAUAUUAUUUGAUAAAUAAUGUGAUUAAAACUGAUUUGGCAAUGACGAAAUUUAUAUAUAUAUUUUUUACUUUGUUUACUAUCCAGUUCAGUGUUAGAAUUAAUAAAAGAGCUAUACUCACUUAUUUAUCAGAGGAAUUUUAAAAUGCUGGUAUGUAAUUGAAAUAAAAUUAAAAAAUUUUCAUAACGAGCUAUUUUAAUAUUCUACAAAGGUGAAAUCAGCAUUUGAUUUUUUAAAAAAAAAUUAAGGCAUGUCAUGUAUUUCAUGAAUUAGCCAUUUAACUAAGUUAGAUAUAGCAAGACCUAGCCGUACCAUGUAACUUUUUUCUGCAGUUUUUGCUAAUUUUUAGAAAAAUUAUGAAAUAUUUGGCCAUUUGUUUGCAUAAAUGAACAUAGAAAAAAAAUGUAUAAUUUUUUACCCAAAACAAAGUAGCAGAUGCUUAAGGGUUCAUUCAAAAAUGAAGGAUCUUGAUUUUGAGCUAUAUUUCUUUUAAUUAAGGCUUUUCUAUAUUCAUAUCAGUGUCUGCAUGUGACCUCUUACAUAAUACUAUUUUCCUCAGUUAUGAUACGAUAACAUAUAUUACCUUAGUGAGAAAAGAAUGCAAGGAGGGUGCUGCACAGAGGACAUAUUUACUCAAUAUCGCCCCAUCCAUUAUCUUUCUGCUUUCUGAGUCUCCUUGGUUUGCUAACCUCAAGUGUGCUGUCUAUCUGUACGUUAAGAAAUAAUACUAAGCUAUAUUUUAUAACUACCGAACUAAGCAAUUCUGGAUUCCUGGCAUAUUACUAAAAAACGUCUUAGCAUUUAAAAUUAUAUAAGAAAAAAAUGAUAAACUAUAGAGUUAAAAAAAAAAAAAAGCAAGUUUGUGUUUAAGAAAAGUAUAUGUUCACAUGAACAGAUUCGAUUCAAAAUUCGAUAUCGAUCAAACAUUAUUCCAAAAAUUUUUUAUAUUCUAUCCUCAGAGACUUGUAGAGAUUACCAUAAUUUUGUAAAAGAUCCAUUUUAAGAGGUUUAAUUUUGUAUCCUUUUGAAUUGUCUGCAAUGAAAAACUAUUUUAUACAUUUAAAAUGAUUCUAUUGGGUGAUAUUUAUAAAAUGCUUGAAACAAUCAAAAGCGAAUUAAGUUAUUUUUGUAUAUAUUGCAUUGGAUUUUUAGAAUUUUAUGGAACUGUUUAGAUGUAUCAUGCAUUUUUAAAUGGCCGAAUUUGUAUUUUUAUACUCUUUGUUUCAUUUUUCAAAAUUUUAUUGUAUGUUCAUUGUAAUAUAAAUAUUGUAACAUCAAAAUCAAUUUCAUAUAAAUACUUUCCCAAUAUUUAAUAUACCUUUUUCUGAAAAAUGUCACUCUGGAUUUCUGUUUUGCUUAUUCUUUAGAAUAGAAUGUUCUUUUAUUAUGAGUGCUAGUGAUAAUUGCUCUGCUAAAAUGUAACAUUUUUACAAAAAAAGGAAUAAACACUAUUUGUU